AUGCCUCGUGAUCUGGAGCAAGAAAGGCCAGCGCCACCAGUGCCAUUCACAGAGAGUCCGAAUAGCGUCACGACCGAGAGAUCAGACAGUCCGUUGCACCAGGAAGAGGCAGCCGCUGCUUCUCCGUCAACAGAUCGUCAGCGCCAAUUCGUGAUCAUUCCCGAGAGUCAGCAAGUCAAGGCACCGGCCAACCUUCACCCUUACACACGACCUCUUACCAUCUCAGAUUUGGACUCCUGUGUUGCUCUUGAGAAUGCCGCUUUCACGAACCCAGAGGAACGGGCGACGAGAGAGAAGUUCAAGUACAGACUCACCAAGUGUGGCGAGCUCUGCUACGGGAUAUUUUGUACGGUAGUACCAGGCUCAGGCUUCGAAAUCGAGACUCUCGCAGCAGGCAAACCCGUUGAGACAAGCCGUCGAAACGGAGCUGUCAGUGUGUUACUCGGCCAUGUGAUUUCAACAAAGACAAACGAUGCAGUAGCUACCGAUCAGUCCAUGGGUGUACCAGAGGACUGGGAAUCAGCGUCUCCAAAGCCGUCAAAACUGGGCCACCAGGAAGAUGGACGGACUAUCGUUCUCCAUUCUGUCGCUGUGCUACCUGGAUUUCAAGGAAGGGGCAUUGGAAGGGUCUUGAUGAUGUCUUAUAUGCAGCAUAUGAAUGGAGCUGGUAUUGCUGAUAAACUGUCGUUGAUUGCUCAUGAUCACAAGAUUUCUUGGUAUGAGAAGCUCGGCUUUACCAAUACUGGCAAGAGUGAGGCUACGUUCGGAGGUGGUAACUGGAUCGAUAUGGGCUUCAUCUUGAAAUCUCUGGAAGCAAGAACAGCCUACGGCUAA